AUGAUCAUCGAAACCCUAACACUAACCACAUCGCUCGGGGGACCGUCCCUCAUCUUCCUGAAUAAUAACCGGCUAUCGCCGGUUACUUCAACCGGAAAAGCGUAUUUCCGGCGUCAGAACCCUUGCAACGCCGUGCUACAUGCCGAUCCGGCGGUUGAUUCGAGUUCUAAAACACGUUUUAGUCUCUACGAAGUUUUAAGAGUUAAACGUGACGCUACGUCUAACGAGAUUAAGGCUGCUUACCGGAAUUUAGCGAAGGUUUAUCAUCCGGAUUGUUCUGAGAUUGAGAAACAUGAUGACCGGAAGUUUAUUGAGAUUCAUGAUGCGUACGCUACGUUGUGUAAUCCGGCGGAUCGAGCGAUGUAUGAUAUGAAACUGAACAUACGAUCGGCCGUCGGGAAAAGGCGGGGGGUUUGCACAUUCCGGCGAUGGGAGACUGACCAGUGUUGGUAG